AUGAUGGAAGAGGAAAAUGGCGGACAAACGACGGGCGAGGGUCCCGUGGAGCGAUUGUGGCGGGAGGGGGCCGCGCUGGAGGCCCGACGGCGCGAGGUAUGGAAUGCGCUGCUUCAGUGGGAAGCGCGGCGGCCCGAUCUGCCUCUCUUCGCCUCCCCCGAAUGGACCUCAUUACGGCCAACAGCCCCCUCCACAUCUUCCACCACGCCCGUCCCAAGUGGCCCUUCUCUCCCUCCGCAUCAUCCACAACCCCACCCAUACCCGCAUCCGCACCCCCAUCCUUACCCGCACCCUCACCCACCCUCUCACCCGCAUCCCCAUCCUCAUCCUUACCCGCAUCCCCAUCCCCAUCCGCAUCACUUCCAUCCUCAUUCGCCACACCACCCGCCACAUCACGAGCCGCUGCACGAAUCGAUGACUGAACAAAUGCACAAUAUUUCGACGGCACCCAUCGCGCCCUACCACUACCCGGCCGGCUCGGCUGCUGCUCCACCCUUCCCACCGCCGCCAGUCCAUCACCAUCACCACAUGCACCACCAUCAUCACGGCGGAGGAAGAUGGCGACGCGGCGGAGGCGGACGAGGUUUCGGGCCUGGCGGCGGCGUGGGGCGGGCCACGACGCGGCUGGCUCGCCACACCAAAGCGCGCACGCUGGUGACCGAGCUGGCCAAGCUCGCGACGCAGCCCACGCCCGAAGCGCUGCAGGGCGUGGCCGCGCCCAAGCAGAAGACGCGCGGCAUCAACAAGGACCAGGUCUUCGAGGUCUUCGACUCCCUCGUCAACACUCAGCUCGCGCCCCAAGAACGCGUCACCCGCAGCUCAGUGUGGAAGUACCUGUUUCGAGGGUCGAAGACAUCGGGCCAGGUCGUGGAGCCCCUCUACGGAAACGAAAAGAUAUUCAAGACCACCAAGAAGGGAGGCGGCGUGCGACGCCUUACGGGAGUGAUGUGGCGCGACCUCGACACCCCUGAGAACCGCGACGCCGUUUCGGCCAGCCUCGCUGCUCUCGAGGCCUACAGCGUGCAUAUCGAUCUGGAGCAGCUCAAGGGGCUCAUCCAGCAGGAGCUCGUCAAGGACGCCGACGCCGACGCCAUCGUCGAUGACUCGCCCGCCAGCCCUGCCGCCGCGGACACAACUACGACCACGACCACCACCACGACCACCGCAAGCAGUAGCAGCAGUGACCCCAUGGGCGGCAUCACCCACACCGGCGUCAGCACCGCAGCCGCGGCUGCUGCGUCGCCAUCGGCCUCCGCCACGCCCUCGUCAUCGUCGCUUCCCUACGCCCUCCCCACCAACACCAGCGCCACCGCACCACCGCCAGUGCCCCAGGCGGAAGCGAUGCGCCAGCCACCGCCCCAGCCCCAGCCGCACCACAUGCAACAGGAGCCCCAGCCGUACCACCGAGACGAGAGGGGGAGCGGCGAGCAGGCAGCCGCACCGCCCGAUCAGUCGUCCUCGUCAUCGUCGUCGCCGCAAGGCAGCAACCCGGCGAUGGACAGCGACCUGCAGCAGCUGCUCAAGCUCCUCACGCAAAAGGAGACCCUCGAGAAGCUGCAGGCCAUGGUCGUGAACAAAUAA